UAGAGAGAGAUUGAACCUCCGAUAUCUCACAAAAAUAUCCCUGUAUGCUCGCAGACCGAUUAGUUGAUUGAUGAAAUAUUUCUGAGGGGCAGCCAUGGCCCUUGCACCCAGUCGUCAAUUUCACCCAACAUCAACUUUCUUUGAUUCAUUUCAUAGCUCCUUCUCCAGGUUCCACGGCACACCCAUUCGGUUCUUCAGGUACGGCUCCUCCAUUUCUACCAAAAGAUACACUUUCUACGCAAAUCACUCCAGUAUCCCUUCUAAUUCAAUUCCUGAGCAGCACCCACUUAGGAAGUCUAAUUUUUACCAGCCCAUUUCUAGUUCUAGUCAUCGCAGUAGUAUAACUAGUGAUAGUUGGAUAGAUAAAUGGAGUGAAACCCACCAACAUAACCGUCCAAAAUCACCUCGGGCCGUGUUGAAUUACCGUAGUGGUGAGAAUGGGAGUGUGAUGAACUCAGGCUCGGCGGAGAGUGAAGGCAACAGUGGUAGUAGUACAAUGGAGAAGAUUGUGAAGAAGUUGAAGAAAUUUGGGUACAUUGAUGAUGUUGAUGGGAGCAAACAGAAAAGGCAGGAGAUGGUUAUUGAAAAAGGGUCUGUUGAAGAUAUAUUUUAUGUUGAGGAAGGAAUAUUGCCGAAUUCGCGAGGUGGGUUUUCAGCGGAAUCACCGGUGGGGGUAGAAAGUGUGUUUGGAGGUAGUGGAGAGGUGAGGUUCCCAUGGGAGAAGCCUAAGGAGGAGGAGGAAGACAAAGCUUCAGUGGUGAGGAAGAGCAGGACUUCAAUGGCGGAAUUGACUCUUCCAGAGUCGGAGUUGAGAAGGCUGAGGAAUUUGACAUUCCAGAAGAAGCACAAGACGAGGAUUGGAGGUGGUGGCGUUACUCAAGCAGUCGUGGACAUGAUUCGUGAGAGGUGGAAGUCGUCAGAGAUUGUGAGGCUGAAGAUUGAAGGUGCCGCUGCACUUAAUAUGAAGAGGAUGCAUGAGAUACUGGAGAGAAAGACUGGUGGACUGGUGAUUUGGAGGUCUGGUACUUCUCUUUCUCUAUAUCGAGGUGUGAGCUAUGAGGUUCCAAAGGUGGAACUGAACAAACGAAUAUUUAAGAAAAAUGAGAUUUCUUCUACUUCCUCAUCGACAGCUGCUGAAAAACAUAUUAGGAGUCCUUCUGAGCGUGGUUCUGAUAAUAAUAAUAAUAAGCAUGCACCACAAGAAAACUCAAAUUCUACUGCUGAGAGAAAAGACAGGGAACCAUUGCCAGACGUGAAGUAUGAAGAUGAAGUAGAUAAACUUUUAGAUGGUUUGGGUCCUAGGUACACAGAUUGGCCUGGAUGUGAUCCAUUACCAGUAGAUGCAGAUAUGCUCCCGGCACUUGUUCCCGGCUACCAACCUCCAUUCAGAAUACUUCCUUAUGGAGUGAGAUCAAAUCUUGGUGCAAAGGAAGCAACAGAUUUGCGAAGGCUUGCCAGGGUUCUUCCUCCACAUUUUGCCUUAGGUAGAAACAGGCACCUCCAAGGUUUAGCUGUGGCAAUGAUUGCAUUGUGGGAAAAAAGUUUGAUUGCAAAGAUUGCACUUAAACGUGGCGUACAGCUGACUACUAGUGAGAGGAUGGCUGAAGAUAUCAAGAAAUUGACAGGGGGCAUGCUGCUUUCAAGAAACAAGGACUUCUUGGUCUUCUAUAGGGGUAAGAAUUUUUUGUCACGAGAUGUCACUGAAGCCUUACUAGAAAGGGAGAGAUUGGCGAAGUCACUUCAAGAUGAAGAAGAGCAGGCCCGAUUAAGAGCUUCGGCCCUGGUUAUACCAAGAGUCGAAAUAGCUGAACAAUCUGGAACUGCUGGUACACUCGGAGAAACUUUGGAUGCAGAUGCUAGGUGGGGUAAGACACUGGAUGAUCGCCACAAGAAAAAAUUGAUGAAGGAAGCAGAAAUGAUAAGGCAUGCCAAUCUUGUUAGGAAGCUCGAAAGGAAGCUUGCUUUUGCUGAACGAAAGCUGAUUAAAGCUGAACGAGCUCUAUAUAAAGUAGAGGAGUCUUUAAUACCAGCACAGCAGCAAGCUGACCCUGAUAGCAUAACUGAUGAGGAGAGGUUUAUGUUCCGCAAACUAGGUUUGCGGAUGAAAGCUUUCUUACUUCUUGGUAGACGCGGAGUAUUUGAUGGAACCGUGGAGAACAUGCAUUUGCAUUGGAAGUACCGAGAAUUGGUUAAGAUCUUGGUGAAGGCCAAAACUUUUGAGCAUGUAAAAAAAAUUGCAUUAGCACUAGAAGCUGAGAGCGGAGGUGUGCUGGUUUCAGUAGAUAAAGUUUCCAAAGGAUAUGCUAUUCUUGUUUUCCGUGGAAAGGAAUAUAAACGACCUGCAAUGUUGAGACCAAAGAAUCUUUUGACAAAGAGGAAGGCUUUGGCGCGAUCAAUUGAGCUACAAAGGAGUGAGGCUCUCCAGAACCAUAUUUCAGCUCUGCAGAGUAAAGUGGAGAAACUAAGAUCUGAAAUUGAGCAAAUGGACGUUGUGAAAGACCAAGGAGAUGAAGUUUUUUAUGACAAGUUAGAUUCUGCCUACUCUACUGACGAUGAGGAGGCUGAGGAGGAAGGAGAUGAGGCUUCUCUAGAGACGUAUUACAGCGAAGACGAAGACGAUGUUGAUAAUGACAGUGAUGGAUCAACCUGCAACCUCCAGUCUGAGAGAACCGUUUCCUGCGAUUUCCAAAAUCCAGAGUCUGAAACAAAAUCUGAGAUUCCUGAGCCAGAUGUAUAUGCAGUUACCAAUUCAUUGAGCAAUGAAGCUGAUGAAAUAGACCGAGGAGGCAAAUAUAGCUCACUAGUGUGAGCCUAGGAAAAGGACAACAAUUUAAGUUGGUGAGGCAGAACAGUGAGAUUGUGGAAGGCUUAUAGCAGCAAUAAGAUCCCAGAAUGCCAAUCACUCUAUACAAAUCAUUUAGACAAAACCAUGUGUCCAUAAAUUCUUGUUACCUUUUCAGCUUUUAAAGUCAGGUGUUUUACUCUUUAGUCUUAUCAUUGCUAGAUUUCUUGAGCUACACAUUUCUCGUAGGGCAGAUCAGUUUGACCUUAUCUGUGGCAAGACUUGGAAUCAUAACUCAGAUGGCUUGUUAGUCUGCAAACAAUGACGCACUCGGAAGCCAAAAAUGUAAAUUAUGUAAACUGAACAAGCCCCCCCAUUACGUGAAAAGUACAUGGUUUUAAACAAUGGCGGGCGAUCUAUUCUCGUACAGCUGACCGAGUUUUAUUUACAAUCAAUGGAUGUAUAAGAAGCUUUGAACUUUCAA